GUAGUAGUUGCUAGCAUAGCUGCUGGUUCAUCACCUGCAACAACUUCAAGCGGCCAAGAAACAUUACCAGCAGCUAGCUUCGGUUUACUGGGGCAUGGAGCAAACGGACGAGGCGUCGUCGGUGAACGAGCAGAGCGCGGAGCGGCACUCCACGGCGUGGCUCGACCUCACGCUGGCCGUGAGCGCCUCUCUCCCGGCGCCGGACGACGGGGACUCCUCGUCCGCCGGCGGCUCCGACGACGGCGACCCGGCCAAUAAUAAGCCCGCGUCUCCGCCUCCUGACCCUGCUCCCGCUCCCGCGCCGCCCAAGGUGUUCUCGUGCAACUUCUGCAUGCGCAAGUUCUUCAGCUCGCAGGCGCUGGGCGGGCACCAGAACGCGCACAAGCGGGAGCGCAGCGCGGCCAAGCGCUCCGCCACCACGCCGUCGUCCGCGUCGGCGUACCGGUACCACCACCUCCACCACGCGCAGCGGAUGGCCAUAGCGGGCCUGCCGCUCGAGGCGCACGCCGCCCUGGUGCGCGCCGCGCUGCGGGUCAGCCCGGCCAGCGCGGCCAUCCACAAGGACGCCAGCCAGGAGCUCGCCGCCGCCACCACGAGCACGGCCCCCAGGUUCCACGACGGCGACGUCUCCGCCACGGCUGCCGCCCAGUGGGCGCCGGCGCAACUCUGCGAGGAGCCGGUCAGCUCGACGUGGCCAGGGAGCUUCCGGACGAGGACGCAGGCUGAGCCGCCGAGCCCGGAGCAGAGCCAGAAGAUGGACUUGGAUCUCAGGCUGUGAAACGGAGACAUCCUCAAUCCUCGUAGUUACAUCACAAUCAAUCACAUAUAUACGUGUAGAGGACCUAGCCACCUGUACUUUGACUUUUUUUAAAUUUGUUAAUUUUCAUCAGUGUAUAGCAGUUUUUUUAAUAACUGUGUUUAAUUCCUCGAGUAGUCGAGUCUGCGCCGCCUUCUGAAUAACGAAUGAUUUAGGAAGGAGAUUAUC